AAGGACCCGGCCAUGGCCCGCGUGUGGCCCGCAGUCUGACGUCCGGAGACGCCCUCCGCAGCGCGUUUGCACGUGUUCGCUUUGUCCACCUUGUUCGGGAUCCAGCUUCCCGUGCUGACACCCACGGUCCCCCGCUGGCUGCCGGCUGGAAUACUGCCGGUAAAGAAAUACCAUGUCGACUUGCAGGAGCGUGCGGAUACUUUCUGGGAGCUUUUGGAGAGGCUUGUUUCCUCUACUUUUUCGACGGAAUUGCACGACAUGGAGGGUGUCGAACUGCUCGGCACAAUUCUGUCGCAGUAUCUGGCCCCCUCCAAGACGCUUGCCAGAAGGCUUCUAGAGGAAGUCAUGCUGAAAGCCUCGAGUGCAAUUGUUUCCUCAGAUGACGGCGUCGAAAACGCCUUGGAGGUGGAGAGCAGAAGUGCAGCUGGAACCACUACAACUCCUUCGGCGGCUGAAAAUACCACUGGUGGCUCGAAAAAGAAGAACAAAACCGCUGGAAAGAAUAAAAAGCAGAAAGAGGACAACAUUGAGGCUGCUCGUACUGACACCACUACCCCCACCCAGCAGGAACAACAAGGAGGAGUGUGGACGCCUUUUUUGCGGUUUUUGAGAAGCGAGAAGAUUCGUGAUGGCGAAAAGGACGUCUUCUGGGAGAAUCGAGUCCUAGCGGAGCCCUUGCUGUCAAAUUUGUUGGAACGCGACCCUUCCAUGCUGGCGCCCGUCGAAUUCUACGCGACCGAUAUGCUUGCGCGCACACGGGAAAAAAAGCAUUGUCGGGGUGAAGGUGAACAGCAGAAAGAUGUUGAAAUAUCGCAAGAGGAGUUGGAGAAACAGUGCAAGAAGCACCGCGACACGGAUGACCUCGCGGACGAGCUGAUUGCAAUGUUUUCCACUGAUGAUAGUGUGCCUGAUAGUACUGCUUCACCCUCGUCCGCAAGAUCUGUGUCCUCCAGUACCGGCAUUUCCAUGGCCGCGACCAUUUUCUUUGUGCAGGCCCUCGGAAGCUUCCUGCUUCACGUCGCACGCUUUGAGGAGAUUCGCAAAUCGACAGCCAAGAUCCAAACGAUUUAUUCGGACGCUGACCACGCAGCUGCCUGUGUUUUGGCGAAGAAAAUUCUCCCCGUGUUACAACAGUUCCUGGCGCCGAUCGCGCUGGUCGCAAGGGCCGCGCGCUUUCAGCUGCACGAGACGGGAUUUCUGGAAUUCACGCGCCACGCCUUCCCCUGGAUGAUGGAAACGUGGACCCAGGCCGGGGUGAACGAGCCGGGCCACGACGUGCUCAUGGAAUACAUUGACGACUCGACGCCAAAAACGGAUCUGUAUGAUCGAAAAUACGACGAAAUGCUCGCGAUCAUCGGUUCGUUGUUUGACGACAAGGAGCAACUGAAGUUGUUAUCUCCAGGUGUCGUUGCGGUGAUGGAAGACGAGGAAGUAGAGCAGCCUGCUGCCAGCGACACGCUGACCACGCCAGGAGCUGUCAUGUCCGCCUUCAAUGCAGUCGGAGGUGGUACUUCUUUGUCAAAGAGUAGGAAUAAAACUUGUGGUCCUUCUAGUGCUGCUUCUGCACCACUACCAUCGCUGUCCGCCGAAGCCGCUGCGGCGGUGGAACUCGCCACACAACAACAGCGGCCCAUUAUCACGAUUCGCCCGCCGAUUUUUGAAGCGGAUGACGACCUGACUGGCAAACGCGCGAUCGUGGACAAGUUUGACAUUGCGACGGGAAUGGAGAUCCGGGUUCUGCCGCAGCUGGAUGUGCAUCACAUUCCGGCGGAACGCGCAAAGGUUUCAGCCGACGAGAAUCAACCAGGUAAGAAAGGCCUUUUUGAGAAGCUCGGGGUUGUGAUUGCGCGGAAUAGGGAAAAUAACAGGAUCCAGAAUCACUGCCCGCACGGAGACUGCGAACCAAGCCAGCUUGUCGAGACCGCACAUCAAAUCCGGAACGACCAGAAGGAUAGCGAAAACUUUGAUGCUAAAAGCAUCGCGCUGCUGGGGCUCCUCGCAGAUUUACCGAAAAACUGCCGACUGUUCGAUGACAUAAACUGGAAAUUCGAAACGGGAAAAAGUGUAAAAGAUGACAUGAUGCGGCAGAUCAAGGCGGAAGCAGCUGCCAGAGCAGGGAAAAGUAGUACCACAAGUUCUACCACAUCUCCUGCUUGCAAUAAAACAACGACCGCAUCAAGACCGUCAAGUACUUCUAAGGCCGCGUCAACUUCUUCUCUCCUCUCCCCGGCCGCGCCGACAAGUUCCGUGACCAGAAGAAAUGUCGACCUCGUUUCCGGGAUGCUGUUACGCACGGAGGUUGUGCAGAGAAUCACGGGAGAAAAAUUGGACGCAGGGAAGGACCAGGACCAGUCCAAAAAUCCAGACGCGGUCUACUACUACGUGAUGCGCUUAGUCGAAACGGAUGAGGUGGUCCGGGUCCACGAACAGUACUUGAGUGCUAUGGUUCCACCGGAGAGGACCACUUGUUCUACAACCGACCCGACGAUUCCAGAGACAAGAGAAGAGCAUGCCUUCGUCGACGAGCUGUCAGCGCAGCUGAGUCCUUUAUCUGGAAGUGCUGUGGACAAGGACGGGGGAGCUGCAUCGUCAGAUUGUGAGCCCGAAGAGCCAAGCGGGUGGAUUACUGCGCCGCCAUUCAGCAGCGCUUCCUCGCCGGCUCUACGUGCAGCGGCAGGAGGACAAACAGGAAAGGCUGAAGAGGAUGGGCAAUUUCUGGUUUUUAUGGACCUGCUGGGCGGAGAUGGUAAAAAUCAAAAUGCUGUCCAAGGAGAAGCAAUAAAGCGAAGAAAAUGCAAUAGUACAGCGACGUCCAGUUCAAGCUCGUCUUCGUCUGACAGCUCAAGUGCUGCAUCCGAAAGUUGUAGUAUGAAAGGCGAUAUUGGUAUAACUUCAUCUUCGAGACUUCCUAACAAGUUCGAGACCGUGAAGAGAGCUCUUCCCGCCGAUCUGGCCAACCAGGUGACCGUGCAGAAUGUGAAUGGCACCACGGUGAUUAUGACGCCCAACGGGGUCGGAAGUAACGGGAUCAAAGCGUCCGCCAUGAAUGCCGUCGCGAUGGCACGCUUUGGAGACAGGAAUUUGAAGGAAAAGAACCAGGUCGCAGGAUCAAAGAAAUUGAUACUCCUUACCUUCAUGGAAGCUCUAAUUUACUGGAAAAGACACGACGGAACUGCCUACGGAGAGCGAGCGGACAGCUAUCAAGAGCAAUAUGUCGACGCUUUCCGUAUUCUAAUUUUUUACUUUUUUCGAUUUCGUACGUCUUGCUUGCAGCACCAGCCUGUGUAAGUAUUCUUGUUUUACAGAUGAUUCUGAUUGAUCAUUGGCAUGGCACAUGCACACAUAGACAUUCACAAUGUGCACCUGCUCUCCAAACAGGUACCACCUUCGCAAACAACGCAAGCUUGGGUGCGGGUUACAAGGCACUAACGGCGAGUAUGUUGUCCGCUGCUGAAGAGACGGAACGCAAGGAGGGCGAGGAAGCGAGGCAAAUUAAAAUGCCGGAGCAGCACCAGGAGGUCGUGCAGUGGAUGCUCAUGGUUGCGUACCACAUGUCAUGGCACACCCUCUCCGCGGAUGAAUUCAAGUCCACGCUCACCAGCAUCGCAUUAACGAAAAUUGAAGUAUAAUUUUCAGAUGCGUUGCAUUUUCGUUCCGAACGGUGACUAUGAAGAUGCGCAAAAUAUAAAGAGGAAUCUGUACUACCUGAUAACCAUAAUUAAUGACAAUAGUUUUAGCUCUUUGACUUUGAUAUCGACGAGAAGUUUUCAAAAUCGAUGAAAACGAAGAUUAGUGAUGAAGAAAUAGAAAUGGAAAGUAGUUUGUCCUUCUACUGCCUCCAUGCUGUCGUUGCCUCAGCUACAGGAGGUAUGUAUCGAUAUUUUCCCGUCGGCCAGAAUAAUGACCAAUGUUAAAACGCGAUGAUGUAUACAACUAUGAAAGUAGACACAGGUUGGACUUUUUUUCUGAAUAUCAAAUUCAAGAGGAUUUUUUUUGUUCCAAAUAAAAGGAAACUGAAAUAUUACUUGCUUUAUGUUUGUGAGCCAUGCUAGUAUGUCGUAACUAGGAGCCAAGCCGGGAACAGCUUGAACGGGGGAGUGCAUAAAGAAAUAUCUUGUAGCCCAUGUAAAUAAGUACAAAAAAGGUGAGUAAACGCGUUCCCACCUUGACGCAUAACUACAAACAAACAAACAAACGAUAAACUUACAAAGAUAAUCAAUCUAUAAUCUUCGAUUACAUACUACGCAUGGAUGAUAGCUUAGGCAGCAACUGCACACAAGGAUGUCAUCGCAUAGAGUUUGACCAUAAUGAAAUACACCGAAACUUUUUAUGCCAGUACGGUGUAUGAGAUGGAUGUUUGAAUACGACUUUUUUGUGUAUGAUGGAUUAAUAUGAGACUUCUUCAAUACUUUUGGUUAAAUUUUGGAGGCACCUUUUUCGUUCCUGUGCCACUGUAGCCACAUUGAAGGUAUGUCAGUCUCUCGUGCCUGAUAGAAUCGCUGCGGUGCAUUGCAGCAUUGUCCUAUGGAGAGUGGUGCAACAUACCAGAGCGCGCUCGCUUAAGAAAUGCAAAACCAAAUAACUCUUGCACUCCUUGACGGUUGGAGACAUCCAGCUCCACGGUUGUUUUGACGUUUUCAACACAUGCGCGAAAAGAACGG